AAAAGGCCUGGUUAUGUUUUCGAAAUUACCCAUUUCAGAGCAGCUCUCACAGACUUCCCAGGGAAACAGUUUUAAAGGAUGGCAUUCUUCAAGAAGUUUAUCGACAAAAUUAGUGAUGAUGACAGCAGCAAGGGUUUUAAAGGUGGUCCAGCGGAGACGGCAUACUUUGGAACAGUAAAGCCUGAUCCAAACUUUAAUGCCCAAAAUGAUGCUGAAAAAUUGAAGAAAGCUAUUGAGACCAAAGGUGUGGAUGAAGCCACUAUUGUGGAGGUGCUAGCAAAGAGAAGCAAUGCACAAAGACAACAGAUUAAAGAAGCUUAUCAGCAGAGUACAGGAAAACCUAUGGAGGAUGCUCUGAAAAAGGCUUUGAAGUCAGAUUUUGAGGAAGUGGUCUUGGCCUUGCUGAUGACACCCCCUGAAUAUGAUGCUUUUGAAAUGAAAAGAGCCAUGAAGGGUCUUGGGACAAAAGAGGCUGUCUUAAGUGAAAUUCUAGGGACCAGAUCAAACAAGGAGAUCACAGCGAUGAAAAAUACUUUCAAAGCAGCCUAUGGACAGCUGCUGGAUGAACAAGUUAAAGGUGAAGUUAGUGGAGAUCUUGAGACUAUCCUGCUUGCCCUUUGCAAGGCUACCAGGAGUGAAGACCAUAAUAUUGACGAUGGGCUUGCAAAGAGUGAUGCAAAGGCUCUGUUUGAGGCAGGAGAGAAUCGGGUUGGUACUGUUUGCUCUGUCCUGAUUGAUGUCCUCACAUCCAGGAGUGAAGCUCAGUUGUGCAAAAUUUUCCAGCAUUAUGGGAAGUACAGCAAGCAGGGUUUGGCCAAAGCAUUGGAGAGUGAGCUGCAUGGAAAUCUUGAAGACUGUCUGGUGACCCUGGUGAAGUCUGCUUGGAACAAACCUGCCUUCUUUGCAGAAAAGCUCCACCUGGCUAUGAAGGGGUUAGGAACCAAUACUGAUACAUUGACUAGAAUCAUUGUGAGUCGUUCAGAAAUUGACCUGCUGAAAAUCAUUCAAGAAUAUAAGAGGAUGUAUGGCAAAACCCUUCAGGAGGCCAUUCUGAAGGAAACGAGUGGAGACUAUGAGAAGAUUCUGCUGACUCUCUGUGGCACUCAAUAAUCAUCUCUUAAAUGUAUAAAUUAUGUGAAAAACAUCUGCAGAUUCAUUACAUGGUAAUAUUAACUACCCAUGUUGGCACAGCUCAAUCCCCCUUAGUCGGCUUAUGAAAAAUGUCAUUAUGCACUCUGUAAAUGUUAUCAUCUGUAUAAUAUUCCAUAUUUACAUUGUGAUGAACAUAUUGGUAUCUUUAGCAUGUGACAGUAUGUGAGAACUGUGAGCACUGGCUUGACCUCAUCUGUGUGUCUGUUCUCAUAAUCAAAGAGACAAAUUCCACAACUAAUAAACUCUUUAAAACUGUGGAUCUUA